GUUGGGUCAUUUUUCUUCACAGUGCUACAUCUGGUUGUAGUAUCCGCGGCCAUAUGUAAUUUAACCUCAUUCAUUCAUUUUCAGUCGCACUUUGUUUCUUUAGUGUGUGAAUGCCGGAGGCUUUUUAAGGGCGUUUCUCCCCGCUUCGUCUUUCUUUUAAACGUUUUUUCGGUGUAUGCAUCGGUGACUGUCGGCUGGGUGGUGACAGGACAGUACAAUGAUCGAGCGACCAGAGACUGCGGUUCCGAGCAUCGCUCAGCGGAACCUGGAGGGAUACGUCGGCUUCGCCAAUCUCCCCAACCAGGUGUAUCGGAAGUCAGUCAAAAGAGGGUUUGAGUUCACAUUAAUGGUUGUAGGUGAAUCUGGUCUUGGGAAAUCAACACUCAUCAACUCUCUGUUCCUGACCGAUUUGUACUCCAAGGACUACCCCGGGCCCUCCCAGCGCAUCAAGAAAACUGUGCAGGUGGAGCAGUCCAAAGUUCUGAUUAAGGAAGGAGGAGUCCAGCUGACACUCACUAUCGUUGACACGCCGGGGUUUGGAGAUGCAGUGGAUAACAGUAACUGUUGGCAGCCCGUCAUAAAUUAUAUUGAUAGCAAGUGUGAGGACUUCCUGAAUGCAGAGUCCAGGGUGAACCGAAGAUCAAUGCCAGACAACAGAGUCCACUGCUGUCUUUAUUUCAUCGCUCCAUCUGGACACGGAUUGAAGCCGCUGGAUAUCGAGUUCAUGAAGAGACUCCAUGACAAAGUCAAUGUGAUCCCUCUAAUUGCGAAAGCCGACACUCUGACCCCAGAGGAAUGUCAGCUUUUUAAAAAACAGAUAAUGAAGGAGAUACAAGAACAUAAGAUAAAAAUUUAUGAAUUCCCAGACACAGAGGAUGACGAAGACAACAAGCUGAUCCGAAAGAUCAAGGAAAAGAUGCCUUUGGCAGUGGUUGGCAGCAACGUGGUAGUCGAGGUGAAUGGCAAGAAGGUUCGAGGUCGUCAGUACCCGUGGGGUGUGGCAGAAGAGGGCAUUUUUGUGGAGAAUGGGGAGCACUGCGACUUCACUGUGCUGCGCAACAUGUUGAUCAGGACUCACAUGCAGGAUCUUAAAGACGUCACUAAUAAUGUCCACUACGAGAAUUAUCGUAGUAAGAAACUGGCUGCUGUCACCUGUAAUGGAGUCGACAAUACUAAGACCAAGGGACAGCUCACAAAGAGUCCCCUGGCACAGAUGGAGGAGGAGCGCAGAGAGCAUGUCAUGAAAAUGAAGAAGAUGGAGGCAGAAAUGGAGCAGGUCUUUGAAAUGAAGGUGAAAGAAAAGAAGCAGAAACUGAAGGACUCAGAAGCUGAGCUGGAAAGACGCCAUGAACAGAUGAAAAGGAACCUGGAGGCACAAUACAAAGAGCUGGAGGAGAAGAGACGAGUUUUCGAGGACGAGAAGGCCAACUGGGAAGCUCAGCAGAGAAUCCUUGAGCAGCAAAAACUGGACGCCUCCAAGACAAUGGAGAAGAACAAGAAGAAAGGAAAAAUCUUCUGAAGAGAUUAAAAUCUUCUGCAGUUUUACAUAAGCUGGGUUUUUUCUUUAUCUUCUCUGAAGUUCACAUGUACUGUGGCCCCUCUAACAUACACACACAUCAGCAGAUAUAACACUACACAUUCCACAAAGUUUCUCUGAGACACAUUAAACUUUACUCAUGUAUGUCACGGACAUCAUUUUAAAUACAGAUACAAACAUGCCAGUGCCCACAAAGGCCCUCAUACUAUUAUCUCUGCAUCUGUUUUUCUUUUCAUGGGGAAUGCAUGUUUUUGUGAAAUUCUAUUUUCCUAUAUUACCUGACAAAGAGGAGAAGCUCGAGUUCCUCUGAGCUACAGUAUGGCAGGGACCAUGCAAAGCCAUUUGUACACAUGUAGUAGUUAUCGUAUGUUCUCUACAUAUUCCAUAGAUCUGCAGCUAGACGUACUAUCCCUCUCCUCAGUGCUCUUCUUAUUUUACUGUUCUCAGAAAUGUAACACAAGUGUACACACGUUUAACACUCAAAAAUUAAAACCUCACGAAGUGUGUUGAAGGUAAAUGGAGAGCAUAUGUGAAUUAAGAGAAUUGAAUAGGGUAACAGCUGAGGCAGAAGUUAGAUGCAGAUGCGGCCUGCGCACACUAACAAAUGGCACAUUGGAAUUUGUUCUCAAAAUAUAUGCUUGGUGAUGCUGGCCAGAUGGGAAUAUGUUAGUUAUAUUGAGUUGGACUAUUUUUGCUAACUGCAUUUCUUUCCAAUGUAAAUUAUUUCUUGAUUCAUGAAGUGGGAAAAUAUAACUGAGAAGGAGCCCUCUCAAUGUUAGUUAGCAAACUUGCUAGCUCUGCAAAUGGUAAAAAUCUUUUUUCAAUAUAAGAGCAAGUACACAGUCUGUCAAUUGGAGUUCUUCUGCACAUAUAUAUGAUUUUUGGGUUGUGAUAAGUUGGCCAAUGGAACUUGAUUUUGUGUAAGUAAACAAAUUUAAUAAGAUUAGUUUAGUGUCAUAACAGUUAUUUUACAACAGGAGAGAUGGUGCAACAAAGCCAGCUAGCUUAAUAUAUUUUCCCAGGAUUUGGACUUAUGUUUCCCCACUGGCCAGUGCCCUCAAGAUGGCUUCAAAGCUCACAACACUCAUGGAAAAAGGCCUUUGAAAGAGAAAUCACUGCUAAUAAUGCCAUUGGAAGUGAUUGUGUGACCAGGCUUCUAACAGGAUGGUGCCACGGUUCAGUGGCAGGUGUGGUGUGUAAGAGUAUGAGCAGGUUGUGUUACAUAAAUGCUGUGCUUGAGGUAAAUGAUACUGUGUGAUCUGAACCAAACAGGAGGAGGCAGAUAGAAAAUUUGUGUGUGAGACAGCAGCCUGAUUUUUUCAUUGCUGUGUGUUCCAUAUUUUAGUAUAAUACAAUAUGCAAAAGCCUCAUUGGUGUGUACAACUUACAGGUUACAGUGAAUUACAAAGAUGUUUUAUAUUGUGGUGUAAUUGAUGGAUGUUGUCAGAUCUGAGCCCUGAUGUCUAGCUUUCUGUGAGAAAAUCCCUUUUGUGUAUAACAGCCAAAGGGAUGAGUCAUUUUGAAAAGCUGAAAUGCUCCUUUUACCCUCUGUUCCCACCAAAAGACAACUGUGAGGAAAAGUUUGCCGGUGCAGCUGUAGCUUUGAGUCUGACUUGAAGUAUUCUUUAUUAAUGCUUCCACACACAACAUAAUACCCCUCUUUUCCUCUCAGAAUAUAUGAAGUUUAGAGUCAGAGCAGUGAUCUGCAACACGUUUGAACCUUUAAUAUACAUUUCCCAGAGUUGUAUGUUUUAUUUUCAUAUAAUAAUAAUGAUAAACACUACUUUAUGUAUGGUCAAAGAAUGAUUCCAUAUAUCCCUUGUAGUUUUCCAAAAGAACUCAUAGAUUAAUCUGUUAUUUUGAUAUACUUUUUCAGGCUGCCUGCAUUUGAAGCAAAUCCUAAAGGGACACACUUUUCCCUGUCAGCACAUAAAACAUUACCUGUAUGGAAAUGCACAUAUGGUGUACAUACUGGAGGCUGCUUUGUGGCCUUUUAUCUUGUUUAUUUCAGAUUAUAUGCCAGAAAAGAGAACCUGUUAUGUAAAACAUGUCUUAAGAAUUCAUGGAUACUUUUCAUUCAUUUAUUCAUACAUAUACUGUCUACAUCUAUGCCAAUGAGUGCAACUUCUCAGGACCGCUCUGUUGUGCGAUAUUUUAUCUCUAGGUCCAGGAGAGGCAUUGGUCCUACAGUCAAAAAAGAAGUGACUGAUUUUUUUCUUUUUAACGAUCGUGAACCACUCACCCUUCCAAUAACACCACGUUAACAUAGACUACAGUCUAGGUGGAUUUUUUGUAAUAGUUUCUUUUUUAUAUGUACACUGUUUUCUGCUUCUUUUCUUUGUUUUAUUAUAUGUUCUAUUGCUAACUGUACAUGGUUAAUAUUAAAGUUGACAAGGUUAUGCUUUAA